UCGCCGCGGACGGUCGCAACGUACGCUGAGCUAGGCGAACCGUCGGCAGUGCGCCGGCGCCGCCGAUCGCGAUGGACCACGACGAGGAGAGAUCCUUGUCUUUGGGCACGGAAGUUUCGGCCUCCGUGCCGCCCCCGAGCCCGUUGACGGGUUGCUAUUUGCUCGUUGUGAUUGGUGAGCCGCACACUCAUGCGCACAAGGAGAUUAUACUUCAGCGCCUCGUCAAAGGGCUGCUGUCAUGGGACUCUGGCGAGCACCAGGUGGACUUGGAGAAGGAACUGGCUACCCUCACGGCGCAGGCACCCGAGGGGGAAGAAGCCAGAUAUGGCGAGCGUCUCAUCCAGUACGCUUCAGAGAACCUGGUGACGGAGAUCCUGAUCCAUCCUCAGAUGAACACGCUGAUGCAAUGCAUGAGGAACCUCCUCAGCUCAUUCACCAGGCACAGGCAUUUGGUACACGCCGGAUAUACUUUCGCUGGCAACGGCUCCUGGAUAAUGCAGGACGGGACAUUUUCCUUAGCCGACUUCACAGACGCAUACCAAGAGAAUGAGGUACAACGCGUGAUUCGCGCCUACGAGAAUUCCAUAUCGAUUGAUAUACAUUGCUCCACCAGUGGGGGAGGGGAGUGGACGAAGCUGCCGGAGAUGCCAUUCGUCAAGCACUGCAAGAUUAGGGUCAACCCCACGGACAUAUUGGACUCUGGCUCGAAAGCCAUCAAGGAUUUUAUUGCAUACCUAGAACCAUACGUGGUGCCAGCGAGCCUGGACCAGCUCCUGGUGUCGAGCGACGUGGUCGGCAACAUCAGGUUCAGCCACCCGACGCUCUACGUCUUCCCCGGAGGUCAGGGCGACGCUGCACUCUUCGGCAUCAAUGGAUUCAACAUGCUUGUUGACGGUGGAUUCUCCCGCAAGGCUUGCUGGUGGGACUUCGCCCGCCACCUGGACCGCCUGGACGCGGUGCUGUUCACCAGGAUCAACAACUGUUCAAUGUCUGGAAUGGCCUCUGUUCUGCGCAGAAAGGCCCAGGCCAACGUCUACCCGCAAAUUGGCCAUUUCUUCUGUAAUCUUGAGGAGCGGCGGGCCUUGGCGAGCCCCGACGGCGACAAAGACGCCGACCCACUCUUGGUGUCUCUUAUACAAGAGGGCUCUGACAUGAUGGCAGACCUCCGACACCUGAACCUCAAGCCCCAGCACUGCUACCGGAGCCCGGAGCCAAUCAAUUUGUACCACAAAGUCGGACAUGGGACCCUCGAUAUGUACGUACUCAAUCCGUCCAAAGACUCCAAAUACGUUCGUGAAUUUUUGAAAAGAUGGCAUAACAGUGAACAGAAACUGUUUGAAGGUGCAAGUACGUCUGGACAGUUCAACUUUCCGAUUCCUAACCUCGUGUCAAUAUGUGCUCUACUCGUGUGGCGGCCGGCGAAUCCAGACGAUACUAUUACAAGGAUAAUGUUCCCGGGAUCCACUCCCCAACACAAAAUAUUUGAAGGCCUAGAAAGAUUAAAACAUUUAGAAAUUUUACAACAUCCAACAUGUACGGGACGACAGAUGGCAGCAACAGUACCUCCUACUACAGCCACAACUACGACGGCUACUAGCAGAACAACAAAACAGGCAACAACUAGAUCGAGCAAGGAAAAGAGUGUUGUUGCAGAAAAAACAAAAGACGAAAAAUUUGUAGAACCGGAACCACCGCCAAAGGACAUGAAAGAUGUAACAGAUUCAAAAAAUAUCAUAGAUAACAAAUUGCUCAGUGAAUUAGUUGAUGGUGAUGACAAAAAUAUUGAAUCUGUUUUACAAGAAGCUAUCACUGCCAGAAUAGAAUCUAAAUUAGAUUCCAAAGUUGCUCAAUAUGAGAGCCCUGUUAUAGAAAAUUUGUCUAAAAAGAAGGAGGUAAAGAAAAAAGAUAAAAUUUUGGAUAAGAAAACGAAGCGAACUGAAAAGACUGAUGACACAAAAGACUCAAUAGCAAAACUACCUGAAGCUAAAAAAAUUGAUAGUGAUAAAAUAAAAACCGAAUCUAAGAAGAAGAUAGAAGCACGAGCAAAACCUGAUCUAACAAGUUCAAUGACGAGAAGUAAAACAAGUCAUCGUCCUGUACAAAAAGCGGAAAAAAGACCACCUUCUAAUGCCAUUGAUAGGAAAAAUGUAGCUGAUGAUAAAAAGUCGCCACCGACUACGCCCAAAAAGGUUAUUGAUACGAAAAUAACUUCAGCUCCAAUUCAACCAAUUAGAGAAAGAAUCAAAUCUAAAGCAAGAAAAAUGAGUCCGGGCAGCACACCUGCAAAAAGUGUUAAAGAAGCGAGCAACCGCAGGGUAGUUGAAUCGAAAUACAAACACGUUUCACCUAAACGAGACGUAACGCAAAAACAGCCAGAUAAAAAAGAACCCAAAGCCAAACGAGAACCAAUAUCUCGGAGACCUAGACCAUUAGCUUCUCCUGUUAAAGGAAUGAAGGCUAUGAAAAGUCCAUCGAAGUCUAUAAAAUCAAUUAAGACUGACACUUCUAAGUUGAAAGGUUUACAAAGAGUAAAUUAUGAAGAUAUUUUAAAAGAUGCAAAAAAAUCUGAUGAGGAUACCUCAAAAUCUCUUGAUGAUAUCAAACAGCAAGAGUUGGAUGAAAAGGAAGAACAAGAAAUCGUAAGAGAAAUCGAAGCUGUAUUUAAUAGAGACAGUGAAGCAGAGGAAAAAAUGGAAUUUGUUGGCCGCUCAGAUAUUGAAAAAAUAACUUGUUUAAUAGAUAAUGCAAAAACUGAGACUUCUGCUGACGGAGAAUUCGAAGAAGAGUAUUUAAUUAUUGAAAAGGAAGAAUACACUGAAGAUUCGAAUAUAGAUCGGGAAAGUAGCGGGGAACAUGACCAAGAAGAUGAAUUACAAAAGCACAUCAAAGAUAAAGAAGAGUCUGAAAAGAGGAAAGAAGAAACAGUACUAGAAAAAGCUCAAAUAGAGGUAUCAAAGUUAGACAAAGAGGUUCUCGAACGAGAAACUAAAUAUUUAGAAUCAAAAGAACAUUCUGUAAGUGUUGAAGAAAAACAAGAUAUCAGCAGUGAAAAGAAAACUUCAGAUAGUAAAAGUGGCGCGGCAAAACCAAAAGACUCCACUGAAUUAAAUAUCGUUCAGGAAUCACAGCCUGAUGAAAAAAUAUCAACAACCAUUGAAUCUGGUGCUACAACUGCACCCACGCUACCUGAAGAUGAACGUAUUACAUUAGAUGACAUAAAAGAGGAUCAACAAAUUGAAGAGAAGCAGACACAAGUGAUAACAAAGGAAAUAAUACCUCAGGAAGCUCUAGGACAUAUCGUUAAACCUACAUCUAUAGAUAGAAGUCCAAAACUCGAUUCGGUUCCAGCACCAAUUAGAGAAAUAGUUAAAACUCCUGAUGAAGUCGCUGAUCUGCCGCUACACGAAGUAGUUGAUUAUAGAACAUACGAAGAUAAGAAAACACCCAGUGAAGACGAUAUAUUUAAACGCAAACCUGAUGUAGGUUUUGUACAUGAAAUACAAGUUCCAAAGGACUUACCACUGCAAGAGCAGGAUAAAACAACCAAGGAGUCGGACGCAAUCCAUGAUAAUGUCAUUGUGAAAACAGUACAAGGAGCAUCACACGCUGAAUUGGUAACUGUAACUCCAGGGUCAGCACCAGAAUCUCCUAUGUACCAUGACCAAAUGAAGAUUUGUUCAAUGCCAACAAAAGACUUGGAAACUGUAAAGGAAUAUGAAGGGGGUGAAUACAACUAUAGUCACUUCACAGAAAAAUUAAGAGAAACUCAUAUAACUACACUUGAUUCACCUAUUAAAGAUGAAAUUAUUGUCAUUGAAGAAAUUCCUUGCAUGCCCGAAAAAAUUCCAUCUAUACCAGAAGACGUCGAAAAAGAAAUAGAGGAAGCACGCAAACUAGAACUGUCUGAAAAACCUCCACUAAGUCCAAAAGAAAUUGAAAAAAUAGUUGCUGACGUUGCUGAGGUAUUGAAAUCGGACAAAAGUUUGGAUGAAAUUAUAGCCAAAAAAUCUCCUACUAUUCAAACAUCCGCAGCAGAUGUUGCAGUAGCAGGUUUAAUUGAAACAACCAAAAUGUUUUUGGACGGAGAGAAGGAAGUUAAACAUACGGAUAUUCAAACAUUAGAUGAAAAAGCAACGAUAUUGGAUACUAAAACAGAACGGGAAAUACAGAAGGAAAUAUCGCCGGUAAGAUCUUUUACAUCAGAAGACAUAAGUGAACCUUCAGAUAGAACAGUUUUGAGUGAAGGCAAACGUACAAAACGUGACGUGGGUUUUGAAAAGCAACAAGACGAAAAAUUAGAAGUUGAAGUUGAUUCGGUAACUCUAAAGCAUAGUUCAGGUGAUCAGGAAGUAGGUCCAUUAACUGUCAGUUACGUUCCUGUCGGAAUCCUUCCUGAGAGAAAAGUAAGUGUAACUUUAGAUUCAGCACGUACAUUAGAAAAGCUAGAAGAAAAAAUUGCAGACUUAAAAAAGAAAGACAUAAGUGAUGCAAUUUUUACAGAAACGUUGUCGCAAAAAAUGGAUGAAGUCCCCCAUACUGCACCCACCAUCGAUGACAAAAUUAUAAUUGCACAAAGCGAUGAUCUCGGCAAAGUUCUUGCGAAAGAACCGAGUGAAGAGAUUGUAAAAAUUGAAGACUCAAAAAAAAUCAAAUCAGAACAUGAAAAAAUUAAUGAUGUCGAAGAUAAUUUUGACUUGAUAGCAAAUCAAAAGGAUAUAGAUAUUGUAUCGCAAUCGCAUUUUGAAAUGCAAGAAUUAAAUCAACAAAUCGGAACUGUUAGUAAAGACCACAAAUUGGAAAACAUAGAGAUUGAAAAAGAUACAGGACUUAUUUCAGCAAAAGAGGGUAAACAUCAAUUUAUCUCGGAAAAAGAUAGUGACGAACAAAGUGAAAGUGAUAAGUAUGAUGGAAAAAUGACAGUUUCUACUACUAUAAAAGAUAAGACUAAAUCGUCUACUUUAACAUCAGAACUAGAAAAAAGAACAUGCAAUCUUGUUUCUGACAAACUUGAUCAAGUGCAAGUAAGUCUAGAAAAAGAUGAUCAUGUAAUAGAAAAUGGAGGAAGUGCAAUUUAUACCGAUGGUGAGGAAAUAGCGUCGUACAUAGAUGAAAUGGUCGAAAAAGAGGACAUGAAAGAAUUGGUAGGAUACACCGUCUGCAGCAAACCGUUAGAAUCAAGUACAACCAAAAUAGAAAGAUUCAUACGAAACAGUAUCACUGUUACUAGGACAAUUAUAACAAGAACUAUUAAAAUAGUUUAUGCUAAUACGCAAGGUAUUCCUGAAAAAGUAAAAACUAUUAGGAUUUUAACGACAACUGAUGAUGAUGCCAUGAGCAGUCCAACCACUAAUACGGAACAUAACGUAUCAGUCUCUAAUAUUAAUGAAGAAAUAUCAUUGCUAGAUAAAGUUGAGCUCAUUACUGAAUAUACGGAUACCUACAAGGCUUCAGUUUCAAGCGAAUUGAAGGAACCAAGCCCAGUAAAAGAAGUGAUUUCAGCUGAUCGUGAUAAAUCAAAAGAACCGAGUCUAGAAAAGGACCUGUUAGCUUCAGUGUUAGACGAAUCAAAAGAACUUAGCCUAGGCCAACCAAGUCUAGAACAAGUUAAUUUAAAAGAAUCAAGUUCCGAAAAGGAUACAUUAACUUUACAGGACAGGUCAAGGGAAUUCAGUCCAGCAAAGGACGACGUGGCCCCAACAUUGGACAAGUCAAAAGAGCCAAGUGCAGAAAAAGACGCAUUACUAUUAGAGAAAUCAAAGGAACCGAGUGCAGAGAAAGACACACUGAUUACAACAGUAGACAAAUCAAGGGAACCUAGCUCAGAAAAAGAAGCCCUAACUCCUGAUCAUGUAAAGUCUAAGAAACAAAGUCCAGAAAUGGCCUUGGCCAUUGGCGACAAAUCAAAAGAGCCAAGUCCAGAAAAAGAUGUGUUAAUGCCAACAUUGGACAAAUCCCAGGAACCGAGUCCAAAAAAGGACUCUUUGGCUCCAACAUUGGACAAAUCAAAAGAAACAACACCGGAGAAAGAGGAGUUAGUUGAGCACGAAAUAUCUAAAGAAUCUAAAAUUUCUGAAACGUAUUCUACGAUUUCCGCGCUUGGCAAAUCCAAAGAGCCAAGCCCUGAGAAAGAUUCUCAGGUUCCUGCACUAGACAAAUCUAAAGAGCCAAGCCCUGAGAAAGAUUCUCUGGUUCCUGCGCUAGACAAAUCUAAAGAGCCAAGCCCUGAGAAAGAAUUUUUGGUUUCAGAAUUAGACAAAUCUAAAGAGCCAAAAUUAGACAAAUCUAAAGAGCAUAGCCCUGAGAGAGAUUCUCUGGUUCCUGCGAAAGACAAAUCUAAAGAGCCAAGCCCUGAGAAAGAUUCUCUGGUUCCUGCGAUAGACAAAUCUAAAGAGCCAAGCCCUGAGAGAGAUUCUCUGGUUCCUGCGAUAGACAAAUCUAAAGAGCCAAGCCCUGAGAAAGAUUUUCUGGUUCCUGCGCUAGACAAAUCUAAAGAGCCAAGCCCUGAGAAAGAUUCUCUGGUUCCUGCGAUAGACAAAUCUAAAGAGCCAAGCCCUGAGAGAGAUUCUCUGGUUCCUGCGAUAGACAAAUCUAAAGAGCCAAGCCCUGAGAAAGAUUUUCUGGUUACUGCGCUAGACAAAUCUAAAGAGCCAAGCCCUGAGAAAGAUUCUCUGGUUCCUGCGAUAGACAAAUCUAAAGAGCCAAGCCCUGAGAAAGAAUCUUUGGUUUCAGAAUUAGACAAAUCUAAAGAGCCAAGCCCUGAGAAAGAUUCUCUGGUUCCUACGAUAGACAAAUCUAAAGAGCCAAGCCUUGAGAAAGAUUCUCUCGUUCCUGCGAUAGACAAAUCUAAAGAGCCAAGCCCUGAGAAAGAUUCUCUGGUUCCUGCGCUAGACAAAUCUAAAGAGCCAAGCCCUGAGAAAGAAUCUUUGGUUUCAGAAUUAGACAAAUCUAAAGAGCCGAGCCCUGAGGAAGAGUCUCUGGUUCCGGCGCUAGACAAAUCUAAAGAACCAAGCCCUGAGAAAGAUUCUCUGGUUUCUGCGAUAGACAAAUCUAAAAAGCCAAGCCCUGAGAAAGAUUCUCUGGUUCCUGCGAUAGACAAAUCUAAAGAGCCAAGCCCUGAGAAAGAAUCUUUGGUUUCAGAAUUAGACAAAUCUAAAGAGCCAAGCCCUGAGAAAGAUUCUCUGGUUCCUGCGAUAGACAAAUCUAAAGAGCCAAGCCCUGAGAAAGAUUCUCUGGUUCCUGCGAUAGACAAAUCUAAAGAGCCAAGCCCUGAGAAAGAUUCUCUGGUUCCUGCGAUAGACAAAUCUAAAGAGCCAAGCCCUGAGAAAGAUUCUCUGGUUCCUGCGCUAGACAAAUCUAAAGAGCCAAGCCCUGAGAAAGAAUCUUUGGUUUCAGAAUUAGACAAAUCUAAAGAGCCAAGCCCUGAGAAAGAUUCUCUGGUUCCUGCGAUAGACAAAUCUAAAGAGGCAAGCCCUGAGAAAGAUUCUCUGGUUCCUGCGAUAGACAAAUCUAAAGAGCCAAGCCCUGAGAAAGAUUCUCUGGUUCCUGCGAUAGACAAAUCUAAAGAGCCAAGCCCUGAGAAAGAUUCUCUGGUUCCUGCGCUAGACAAAUCUAAAGAGCCAAGCCCUGAGAAAGAAUCUUUGGUUUCAGAAUUAGACAAAUCUAAAGAGCCAAGCCCUGAGAAAGAUUCUCUGGUUCCUGCGAUAGACAAAUCUAAAGAGCCAAGCCCUGAGAAAGAUUCUCUGGUUCCUGCGAUAGACAAAUCUAAAGAGCCAAGCCCUGAGAAAGAUUCUCUGGUUCCUGCGAUAGACAAAUCUAAAGAGCCAAGCCCUGAGAAAGAUUCUCUGGUUCCUGCGCUAGACAAAUCUAAAGAGCCAAGCCCUGAGAAAGAUUCUCUGGUUCCUGCGAUAGACAAAUCUAAAGAGCCAAGCCCUGAGAGAGAUUCUCUGGUUCCUGCGAUAGACAAAUCUAAAGAGCCAAGCCCUGAGAAAGAUUCUCUGGUUCCUGCGAUAGACAAAUCUAAAGAGCCAAGCCCUGAGAAAGAUUCUCUGGUUCCUGCGAUAGACAAAUCUAAAGAGCCAAGCCCUGAGAAAGAAUCUUUGGUUUCAGAAUUAGACAAAUCUAAAGAGCCAAGCCCUGAGAAAGAUUCUCUCGUUCCUGCGCUAGACAAAUCUAAAGAGCCAAGCCCUGAGAAAGAAUCUUUGGUUUCAGAAUUAGACAAAUCUGAAGAGCCGAGCCCUGAAGAAGAUUCUCUGGUUCCGGCGCUAGACAAAUCUAAAGAACCAAGCCCUGAGAAAGAUUCUCUGGUUUCUGCGAUAGACAAAUCUAAAGAGCCAAGCCCUGAGAAAGAUGCUCAGGUUGCCGAACUGGAAAAAUCUACGAAGCCAAGCCCAGAGAAAGACACUUUGGUCGCUGAACUAGAAAAAUCCAAGGAGCCAAGCCCUGAGAAAGACACUUUGGUUCCAUCACAUGAUAAAUCUAAGGAGCCAAGCCCUGAGAAAGACACUUUGGUCGCUGAACUAGAAAAAUCCAGGGAGCCAAGCCCUGAGAAGGAAUCUUUGGUUACAUCACAUGAUAAAUCUAAGGAGCCAAGCCCAGAGAAAGACUCUUUGGUUCCAUCACAUGAUAAAUCCAAGGAGCCAAGCCCUGAGAAAGAUUCUCUGGUUCCUGCGAUAGACAAAUCUAAAGAACCAAGCCCUGAGAAAGAAUCUCUCGUUCCCGAGCUAGACAAAUCUAAAGAGGCAAGCCCUGAGAAAGAUUCUCAGGUUCCUGCGAUAGACAAAUCUAAAGAGCCAAGCCCUGAGAAAGAUUCUCUGGUUCCUGCGAUAGACAAAUCUAAAGAGGCAAGCCCUGAGAAAGAUUCUCUGGUUCCUGCGCUAGACAAAUCUAAAGAGCCAAGCCCUGAGAAAGAAUCUUUGGUUUCAGAAUUAGACAAAUCUAAAGAGCCAAGUCCUGAAAAAGAUUCUCUGGUUCCUGCGAAAGACAAAUCUAAAGAGCCAAGCCCUGAGAAAGAUUCUCUGGUUCCUGCGCUAGACAAAUCUAAAGAGCCAAGCCUUGACCAAGAUUCUCUGGUUCCCGCGGUAGAAAAAUCAGAAGAGCAAAGCCCUGAGAAACCAUAUUCAGCUCCAUUACUAGAUAAAUCAAGAGAGCCAAAUGUUGAGAAAGACUCUUUGUUUUCUGAAGAAGACAAAUCUAAAGAGCCAAGCCCUGAAAAAGAUUCUCUGGUUCCUGCGCUAGACAAAUCUAAAGAGCCAAGCCCUGAAAAAGAUUCUCUGGUUCCUGCGAUAGACAAAUCUAAAGAGCCAAGCCCUGAGAAAGAAUCUCUGGUUCCUGCGCUAGACAAAUCUAAAGAGCCAAGCUCUGAGAAAGAUUCUCUGGUUCCUGCGCUAGACAAAUCUAAAGAGCCAAGCCCUGAGAAAGAAUCUUUGGUUUCAGAAUUAGACAAAUCUAAAGAGCCAAGCCCUGAAAAAGAUUCUCUGGUUCCUGCGAAAGACAAAUCUAAAGAGCCAAGCCCUGAGAAAGAUUCUCUGGUUCCUGCGCUAGACAAAUCUAAAGAGCCAAGCCCUGAGAAAGAAUCUUUGGUUUCAGAAUUAGACAAAUCUAAAGAGCCAAGCCCUGAAAAAGAUUCUCUGGUUCCUGCGCUAGACAAAUCUAAAGAGCCAAGCCCUGAGAAAGAUUCUCUGGUUCCUGCGCUAGACAAAUCUAAAGAGCCAAGCCCUGAGAAAGAAUCUUUGGUUUCAGAAUUAGACAAAUCUAAAGAGCCAAGCCCUGAAAAAGAUUCUCUGGUUCCUGCGAUAGACAAAUCUAAAGAGCCAAGUCCUGAGAAAGAUUCUCUGGUUCCUGCGAUAGACAAAUCUAAAGAGCCAAGCCCUGAGAAAGAAUCUUUGGUUUCAGAAUUAGACAAAUCUAAAGAGCCAAGCCCUGAAAAAGAUUCUCUGGUUCCUGCGAAAGACAAAUCUAAAGAGCCAAGCCCUGAGAAAGAAUCUCUGGUUCCUGCGCUAGACAAAUCUAAAGAGCCAAGCCCUGAGAAAGAAUCUUUGGUUUCAGAAUUAGACAAAUCUAAAGAGCCAAGCCCUGAAAAAGAUUCUCUGGUUCCUGCGCUAGACAAAUCUAAAGAGCCAAGCCCUGAGAAAGAUUCUCUGGUUCCUGCGCUAGACAAAUCUAAAGAGCCAAGCCCUGAGAAAGAUUCUCUGGUUCCUGCGCUAGACAAAUCUAAAGAGCCAAGCCCUGAGAAAGAAUCUUUGGUUUCAGAAUUAGACAAAUCUAAAGAGCCAAGCCCUGAAAAAGAUUCUCUGGUUCCUGCGAUAGACAAAUCUAAAGAGCCAAGCCCUGAGAAAGAAUCUUUGGUUUCAGAAUUAGACAAAUCUAAAGAGCCAAGCCCUGAAAAAGAUUCUCUGGUUCCUGCGCUAGACAAAUCUAAAGAGCCAAGCCCUGAGAAAGAUUCUCUGGUUCCUGCGCUAGACAAAUCUAAAGAGCCAAGCCCUGAGAAAGAUUCUCUGGUUCCUGCGCUAGACAAAUCUAAAGAGCCAAGCCCUGAGAAAGAAUCUUUGGUUUCAGAAUUAGACAAAUCUAAAGAGCCAAGCCCUGAAAAAGAUUCUCUGGUUCCUGCGAUAGACAAAUCUAAAGAGCCAAGUCCUGAGAAAGAUUCUCUGGUUCCUGCGAUAGACAAAUCUAAAGAGCCAAGCCCUGAGAAAGAAUCUUUGGUUUCAGAAUUAGACAAAUCUAAAGAGCCAAGCCCUGAAAAAGAUUCUCUGGUUCCUGCGAAAGACAAAUCUAAAGAGCCAAGCCCUGAGAAAGAAUCUCUGGUUCCUGCGCUAGACAAAUCUAAAGAGCCAAGCCCUGAGAAAGAAUCUUUGGUUUCAGAAUUAGACAAAUCUAAAGAGCCAAGCCCUGAAAAAGAUUCUCUGGUUCCUGCGAAAGACAAAUCUAAAGAGCCAAGCCCUGAGAAAGAAUCUCUGGUUCCUGCGCUAGACAAAUCUAAAGAGCCAAACCCUGAGAAAGAAUCUUUGGUUUCAGAAUUAGACAAAUCUAAAGAGCCAAGCCCUGAAAAAGAUUCUCUGGUUCCUGCGAAAGACAAAUCUAAAGAGCCAAGCCCUGAGAAAGAAUCUUUGGUUUCAGAAUUAGACAAAUCUAAAGAGCCAAGCCCUGAAAAAGAUUCUCUGGUUCCUGCGCUAGACAAAUCUAAAGAGCCAAGCCCUGAGAAAGAUUCUCUGGUUCCUGCGAUAGACAAAUCUAAAGAGCCAAGCCCUGAGAAAGAUGCUCAGGUUGCCGAACUGGAAAAAUCUACGAAGCCAAGCCCAGAGAAAGACACUUUGGUCGCUGAACUAGAAAAAUCCAAGGAGCCAAGCCCUGAGAAGGAACCUUUGGUUCCGUCACAUGAUAAAUCUAAGGAGCCAAGCCCUGAGAAAGACUCUUUGGUUCCAUCACAUGAUAAAUCCAAGGAGCCAAGCCCUGAGAAAGAUUCUCUGGUUUCUGCAAUAGACAAAUCUAAAGAACCAAGCCCUGAGAAAGAAUCUCUCGUUCCCGAGCUAGACAAAUCUAAAGAGGCAAGCCCUGAGAAAGAUUCUCAGGUUCCUGCGAUAGACAAAUCUAAAGAGCCAAGCCCUGAGAAAGAUUCUCUGGUUCCUGCGAUAGACAAAUCUAAAGAGCCAAGCCCUGAGAAAGAUUCUCUGGUUCCUGCGAUAGACAAAUCUAAAGAGCCAAGCCCUGAGAAAGAUUCUCUGGUUCCUGCGCUAGACAAAUCUAAAGAGCCAAGCCCUGAGAAAGAUUCUCUGGUUCCUGCGCUAGACAAAUCUAAAGAGCCAAGCCCUGAGAAAGAUUCUCUGGUUCCUGCGCUAGACAAAUCUAAAGAGCCAAGCCCUGAGAAAGAUUCUCUGGUUCCUGCGCUAGACAAAUCUAAAGAGCCAAGCCUUGACCAAGAUUCUCUGGUUCCCGCGGUAGAAAAAUCAGAAGAGCAAAGCCCUGAGAAACCAUAUUCAGCUCCAUUACUAGAUAAAUCAAGAGAGCCAAGUGUUGAGAAAGACUCUUUGUUUUCUGAAGAAGACAAAUCUAAAGAGCCAAGCCCUGAGAAAGAUUCUCUAGUUCCUGCGAUAGACAAAUCUAAAGAGCCAAGCCCUGAGAAAGAAUCUCUGGUUCCUGCGCUAGACAAAUCUAAAGAGCCAAGCCCUGAGAAAGAUUCUCUGGUUCCUGCGCUAGACAAAUCUAAAGAGCCAAGCCCUGAGAAAGAAUCUUUAGUUUCAGAAUUAGACAAAUCUAAAGAGCCAAGCCCUGAAAAAGAUUCUCUGGUUCCUGCGAAAGACAAAUCUAAAGAGCCAAGCCCUGAGAAAGAUUCUCUGGUUCCUGCGCUAGACAAAUCUAAAGAGCCAAGCCCUGAGAAAGAUUCUCUGGUUCCCGCGGCAGAAAAAUCAGAAGAGCAAAGCCCUGAGAAACCAUAUUCAGCUCCAUUACUAGAUAAAUCAAGAGAGCCAAGUGUUGAGAAAGACUCUUUGUUUUCUGAAGAAGACAAAUCUAAAGAGCCAAGCCCUGAAAAAGAUUCUCUGGUUCCUGCGCUAGACAAAUCUAAAGAGCCAAGCCCUGAGAAAGAUUCUCUGGUUCCUGCGAUAGACAAAUCUAAAGAGCCAAGCCCUGAGAAAGAUUCUCUGGUUCCUGCGAUAGACAAAUCUAAAGAGCCAAGCCCUGAGAAAGAAUCUUUGGUUUCAGAAUUAGACAAAUCUAAAGAGCCAAGCCCUGAAAAAGAUUCUCUGGUUCCUGCGAUAGACAAAUCUAAAGAGCCAAGCCCUGAGAAAGAUUCUCUGGUUCCUGCGAUAGACAAAUCUAAAGAGCCAAGCCCUGAGAAAGAAUCUUUGGUUUCAGAAUUAGACAAAUCUAAAGAGCCAAGCCCUGAAAAAGAUUCUCUGGUUCCUGCGAUAGACAAAUCUAAAGAGCCAAGCCCUGAGAAAGAUUCUCUGGUUCCUGCGAUAGACAAAUCUAAAGAGCCAAGCCCUGAGAAAGAUUCUCUGGUUCCUGCGAUAGACAAAUCUAAAGAGCCAAGCUCUGAGAAAGAAUCUUUGGUUUCAGAAUUAGACAAAUCUAAAGAGCCAAGCCCUGAGAAAGAUUCUCUGGUUCCUGCGAUAGACAAAUCUAAAGAGCCAAGCCCUGAGAAAGAUUCUCUGGUUCCUGCGCUAGACAAAUCUAAAGAGCCAAGCCCUGAGAAAGAAUCUUUGGUUUCAGAAUUAGACAAAUCUAAAGAGCCAAGCUCUGAGAAAGAUUCUCUGGUUCCUACGAUAGACAAAUCUAAAGAGCAAAGCCCUGAGAGAGAUUCUCUGGUUCCUGCGAUAGACAAAUCUAAAGAGCCAAGCCCUGAGAAACCAUAUUCAGCUCCAUCAAGAGAGCCAAGUGUUGAGAAAUACUCUUUGUUUUCUGAAGUAGACAAGUCUAAAGAGCCAAGCCCUGAGAAAGACACUUUGGUCGCUGAACUAGAAAAAUCCAAGGAACCAAGCCCUGAGAAAGAAUCUUUGGUUCCAUCACAUGAUAAAUCUAAGGAGCCAAGCCCAGAGAAAGACACUUUGGUCGCUGAACUAGAAAAAUCCAAGGAACCAAGCCCUGAGAAAGAAUCUUUGGUUCCAUCACAUGAUAAAUCUAAGGAGCCAAGCCCAGAGAAAGACACUUUGGUCGCUGAACUAGAAAAAUCAAAGGAACCAAGCCCUGAGAAAGAAUCUUUGAUUCCACCCCAUGAUAAAUCUAAGGAGCCAAGCCCUGAGAAAGAAUCUUUGGUUCCAUCACAUGAUAAAUCUAAGGAGCCAAGCCCUGAGAAAGAAUCUUUGGUUCCGUCACAUGAUAAAUCUAAGGAGCCAAGCCCUGAGAAAGAAUCUUUGGUUCCGUCACAUGAUAAAUCUAAGGAGCCAAGCCCUGAGAAAGAAUCUUUGGUUCCAUCACAUGAUAAAUCUAAGGAGCCAAGCCCUGAGAAAGAAUCUUUGGUUCCGUCACAUGAUAAAUCUAAGGAGCCAAGCCCUGAGAAAGAAUCUUUGGUUCCGUCACAUGAUAAAUCUAAGGAGCCAAGCCCUGAGAAAGAAUCUUUGGUUCCAUCACAUGAUAAAUCUAAGGAGCCAAGCCCUGAGAAAGAAUCUUUGGUUCCGUCACAUGAUAAAUCUAAGGAGCCAAGCCCUGAGAAAGAAUCUUUGGUUCCAUCACAUGAUAAAUCUAAGGAGCCAAGCCCUGAGAAAGAAUCUUUGGUUCCGUCACAUGAUAAAUCUAAGGAGCCAAGCCCUGAGAAAGAAUCUUUGGUUCCGUCACAUGAUAAAUCUAAGGAGCCAAGCCCUGAGAAAGAAUCUUUGGUUCCAUCACAUGAUAAAUCUAAGGAGCCAAGCCCUGAGAAAGAAUCUUUGGUUCCGUCACAUGAUAAAUCUAAGGAGCCAAGCCCUGAGAAAGAAUCUUUGGUUCCGUCACAUGAUAAAUCUAAGGAGCCAAGCCCUGAGAAAGAAUCUUUGGUUCCAUCACAUGAUAAAUCUAAGGAGCCAAGCCCUGAGAAAGAAUCUUUGGUUCCGUCACAUGAUAAAUCUAAGGAGCCAAGCCCUGAGAAAGAAUCUUUGGUUCCAUCACAUGAUAAAUCUAAGGAGCCAAGCCCUGAGAAAGAAUCUUUGGUUCCGUCACAUGAUAAAUCUAAGGAGCCAAGCCCUGAGAAAGAAUCUUUGGUUCCAUCACAUGAUAAAUCUAAGGAGCCAAGCCCUGAGAAAGAAUCUCUGGUUCCCACGCUAGACAGAUCUAAAGAGCCAAUCCCUGAGAAAGAAUCUCUGGUACCCGCGCUAGACAAAUCAAAAGAGCCAAGCCCUGAGAAAGAAUCUCUGGUACCCGCGCUAGACAAAUCAAAAGAGCCAAGCCCUGAGAAAGAAUCUCUGGUACCCGCGCUAGACAAAUCUGAAGAACCAAGCCCUGAGCAAGAAUCUCUCGUUCCUGCGCUAGAGAAAUCUAAAGAGCCAAGCCCUGAGAAAGAUUCUCUGGUUCCUGCGAUAGACAAAUCUAAAGAGCCAAGCACUGAGAAAGAUUCUCAGGUUUCCGCGCUAGACAAAUCUAAAGAGCCAAGCCCUGAGAAAGAUUCUCAGGUUUCCGCGCUAGACAAAUCUAAAGAGCCAAGCCCUGAGAAAGAAUCUCUGGUUCCUGUGCUACACAAAUCAGAGAAAGACACUUUGGUCGCUGAACAAGAAAAAUCAAAGGAACCAAGCCCUGAGAAAGAAUCUUUGGUUCCACCCCAUGAUGAAUCUAAGGAGCCAAGCCCUGAGAAAGACACUUUGGUCGCUGAACUAGAAAAAGCCAAGGAGCUAAGCCCUGAGAAAGAAUCUUUGGUUCCGUCACAUGAUGAAUCUAAGAAGCCAAGCCCUGAGAAAGAAUCUUUGGUUCCGUCACAUGAUAAAUCUAAGGAGCCAAUCCCUGAGAAAGAAUCUCUGGUACCCGCGCUAGACAAAUCUAAAGAGCCAAGCCCUGAGAAAGUAUCUCUCGUUCCUGCGCUAGAGAAAUCUAAAGAGCCAAGCCCUGAGAAAGAAUCUCUGGUACCCGCGCUAGACAAAUCUAAAGAGCCAAGCCCUGAGAAAGAUUAUCUCGUUCCUUCGCUAGACAAAUCUAAAGAGCCAAGCCCUGAGAAAGAUUCUCUGGUUCCUGCGAUAGACAAAUCUAAAGAGCCAAGCCCUGAGAAAGAAUCUUUGGUUCCGUCACAUGAUAAAUCUAAGGAGCCAAGCCCUGAGAAAGAAUCUUUGGUUCCAUCACAUGAUAAAUCUAAGGAGCCAAGCCCUGAGAAAGAAUCUUUGGUUCCGUCACAUGAUAAAUCUAAGGAGCCAAGCCAUGAGAAAGAUACUCAGGUUGCUGACCUAGAAAAAUCUGAGAAGGCAAGACCUGAGAAAGAAGAUUUAGCACCGGAGCAAGUUAAAUCAAAGGAACCAAGCCCUGAGAAAGAAGAUAAAGCAGCCGGGCACGUGAAAUCAAAAGAACCAAGCCCUGAGAAAGAAGAUUUAACAGCUGAGCAAGUUAAAUCAAAAGAACCAAGCAUUGAGGCAGAAGAUUUAGCGCUUACAUUGGAUACGUCAAAGGAGCCAAGUCCAGAAAAGGACGCUGUAGCCCCAGCAGACAAAUCAAUGAAGCAAAGUCCAGAAAAGGACGCUGUAGCUCCAGCAGACAAAUCAAAGGAACCAAGUCCAGAGAAGGACGCUGUUGCUCCAGCAGACAAAUCAAAGGAGCCAAGCCCAGAAAAGGACGCUGUUUCUCCAGCAGACAAAUCAAAGGAGCCAAGCCCAGAAAAGGACGCUGUAGCUCCAGCAGACAAAUCAAAGGAACCAAGUCCAGAAAAGGACGCUGUAGCUCCAGCAGACAAAUCAAAGGAGCCAAGCCCAGAAAAGGACGCUGUUGCUCCAGCAGACAAAUCAAAGGAGCCAAGCCCAGAAAAGGACGCUGUUCCUCCAGCAGACAAAUCAAAGGAGCCAAGCCCAGAAAAGGACGCUGUAGCUCCAGCAGACAAAUCAAAGGAACCAAGUCCAGAAAAGGACGCUGUAGCUCCAGCAGACAAAUCAAAGGAGCCAAGCCCAGAAAAGGACGCUGUUGCUCCAGCAGACAAAUCAAAGGAGCCAAGCCCAGAAAAGGACGCUGUUUCUCCAGCAGACAAAUCAAAGGAGCCAAGCCCAGAAAAGGACGCUGUAGCUCCAGCAGACAAAUCAAAGGAACCAAGUCCAGAAAAGGACGCUGUAGCUCCAGCAGACAAAUCAAAGGAGCCAAGCCCAGAAAAGGACGCUGUUGUUCCAGCAGACAAAACAAAGGAGCCAAGUCCAGAAAAGGACGCUGUAGCUCCAGCAGACAAACCAAAGGAGCCAAGUCCAGAAAAGGACGCUGUAGCUCCAGCAGACAAACCAAAGGAGCCAAGUCCAGAAAAGGACACUGUUGCACCAGCAGACAAAUCAAAGGAAGGAAGUCCAGAAAAGGACGCUUUAGCUCCAGCAGACAAAUCAAAGGAGCCAAGUCCAGAAAAGGACACUGUUGCACCAGCAGACAAAUCAAAGGAAGGAAGUCCAGAAAAGGACGCUGUAGCUCCAGCAGACAAAUCAAAGGAGCCAAGUCCAGAAAAGGACAAUGUUGCACUAGCAGACAAAUCAAAGGAAGGAAGUCCAGAAAAGGACGCUUUAGCUCCAGCAGACAAAUCAAAGGAGCCAAGUCCAGAAAAGGACGCUGUUUCUCCAGCAGACAAAUCAAAGGAUGGAAGUCAAGAAAAGGACGCUGUUGCUUCAGCAGACAAAUCAAAGGAGCCAAGUCCAGAAAAGGACGCUGUUGCUCCAGCAGACAAAUCAAAGGAGCUAAGUCCAGAAAAGGACGCUGUUGCUCCAGCAGACAAAUCAAAGGAGCUAAGUCCAGAAAAAGACGCUGUUGCUCCAGCAGACAAAUCAAUGAAGUCAAGUCCAGAAAAGGACGCUGUAGCUCCAGCAGACAAAUCAAAGGAGCCAAGUCCAGAAAAGGACGCUGUUGCUCCAGCAGACAAAUUAAAGGAACCUAGUGCAGAAAAGGACGCUGUAGUUCCAGCAGACAAAUCAAAGGAGCCAAGUCCAGAAAAGGACGCUGUAGCUCCAGCAGACAAAUCACAGGAGCCAAGCCCAGAAAAGGACGCUGUAGCUCCAGCAGAUAAAUCAAAGGAGCCAAGCCCAGAAAAGGACGCUGUUUCUCCAGCAGACAAAUCAAAGGAGCCAAGCCCAGAAAAGGACGCUGUAGCUCCAGCAGACAAAUCAAAGGAGCCAAGUCCAGAAAAGGACGCUGUAGCUCCAGCAGACAAAUCAAAGGAGCCAAGUCCAGAAAAGGACGCUGUAGCUCCAGCAGACAAAUCAAAGGAGCCAAGUCCAGAAAAGGACGCUGUAGCUCCAGCAGACAAAUCAAAGGAGCCAAGUCCAGAAAAGGACGCCGUUGCUCCAGCAGUCAAAUCAAAGGAACCAAGUCCAGAAAAAGACGCUGUUUCUCCAGCAGACAAAUCAAAGGAAGGAAGUCCAGAAAAGGACGCUGUAGCCCCAGCAGACAAAUCAAAGGAGCCAAGUCCAGUAAAAGACGUUGUUGCUCCAGCAGACAAAUCAAAGGAGCCAAGUCCAGAAAAGGACGCCGUUGUUCCAGCAGACAAAUCAACGGAGCCAAGUCCAGAAAAAGUCGUUGUUGCUCCAGCAGAUAAAUUAAAGGAACCAAGUCCAGAAAAGGACGCUGUUGCUCCAGCAGACAAAUCAACGGAGCCAAGUCCAGAAAAAGACACUUUUACUCCAGCAGACAAAUCAAAGGAGCAAAGUCCAGAAAAAGACGUUGUUGCUCCAACAGACAAAUCAAAGGAGCCAAGUCCAGAAAAAGACGCUGUUUCUCCAGCAGACAAAUCAAAGGAAUUAAGUCCAGAAAAAGAUUCUGUGGCCUCGGUGCUUGAAAAAUCUAAGGAAACAAGCAUUGAAAAAGAUGUGUUUUCAACUGUGUAUGAAAAGUCUAAGGAACCAAGCCCAGAAAAAGAUUCUUUGGCUACAGUCCUUGACAAAUCUAAAGAACUAAGCCCUGAGAUAGAUUCCUUGGCACCAGCUCUUGAUGAAUCUGAAGAACUAAGCCCUGAGAAAGAUUCUUUGGCCCCAGCUCUUGACAAAUCCAAAGAACCAAGCCCUGAGAAAGAUUCUGUGGCCCCAGCUCUUGACAAAUCCAAAGAACCAAGCCCUGAGAAAGAUUCUGUGGCCCCAGCUCUUGACAAAUCCAAAGAACCAAGCUCUGAGAAAGAUUCUGUGGCCCCAGCUCUUGACAAAUCCAAAGAACCAAGCCCUGAGAAAGAUUCUGUUGCCCCAGCUCUUGACAAAUCUAAAGAACCAAGCCCUGAGAAAGAUUCUGCGGCCCCAGCUCUUGACAAAUCUAAAGAACCAAGCCCUGAGAAAGAUUCUGUGGCCCCAGCUCUUGACAAAUCCAAAGAACCAAGCCCUGAGAAAGAUUCUGUUGCCCCAGCUCUUGACAAAUCUAAAGAACCAAGCCCUGAGAAAGAUUCUGCGGCCCCAGCUCUUGACAAAUCCAAAGAACCAAGCUCUGAGAAAGAUUCUGUGGCCCCAGCUCUUGACAAAUCCAAAGAACCAAGCCCCGAGAAAGAUUCUGUGGCCCCAGCAGAUCAGAAGAAGAGCUCUAAAGAGCCGAGUAUAGAAAAAGAAGUGUUAGUUCCAGCACUAAACAAGUCAAAGGUUCACAGUCCCGAAAAGGACUUAUUCUCCCCAGCCUUAGAGAAGUCUGAGGAAGCAAGUUGCGAGAAGGAUGUCCUUACCUUAGAUGAAUCAAAGGUAUUGAGCUCGGAAAAAGAAGUUGCUGUGCCGGUCGUAGAUAAAUCUAAGGAGAAAAGCCGAGAAAAGGAAAUCAUUGUACCGGUCUUAGAUAAAUCUAAGGAGCCAAGCGCGGAAAAAGAAGUUGCUGUGCCCGUCUUAGAUAAACCUAAAGAACCAAGCCCAGAAAAGGAAGUUACCUUACCGGUUCUAGACAAAUCUAAAGAACCAACCCCAGAAAAAGAGAUCCAUGUGCCGGUCUCAGAUAAGUCUAAAGAACCAAGCCCAGAAGAGAAAGUAACUUUACCGGUUCUAGACAAAUCUAAAGAACCAACCCCAGAAAAAGAGAUCCAUGUGCCGGUCUCAGAUAAGUCUAAAGAACCAAGCCCAGAAAAAGAAGUCCCUGUGCCGGUCUCAGAUAAAUCUGAAGAAUCGAGCCCAGAAACAGUUUCUGUACCGGUCCUCGAUAAAUCUAAGGAGCUAAGCCCAGAAAAAGAAGUUCCUAUGCAAGUUCUAGAUAAAUCUAAAGAGCCAAGUCCGAAAAAAGAAGUUUCUGUGCCCGUCUUAGAUAAAUCUAAGGAGCCAAGCACGGAAAAAGAAGUUGCUGAGCCUGUCUUAGAUAAAUCUAAGGAACCAAGCCCAGAAAAGGAAGACACUGUACCGGUCUUAGAUAAAUCUAAAGAACCAACCCCAGAAAAGGAAGUUACAUUACCGGUUCUAGACAAAUCUAAAGAACCAACCCCAGAAAAAGAGAUCCAUGUGCCGGUCUCAGAUAAAUCUGAAGAAUCGAGCCCAGAAACAGACGUUUCUGUACCGGUUCUAGAUAAAUCUAAGGAGCUAAGCCCAGAAAAAGAAGUUGCUGUGCCCGUCUUAGAUGAAUCUAAGGAGCCAAGCCCGGAAAAAGAAGUUGCUGUGCCCGUCUUAGAUAAAUCUAAGGAGCCAAGCCCGGAAAAAGAAGUUGCUGUGCCCGUCUUAGAUAAAUCUAAGGAUCCAAGCCCGGAAAAAGAGGUUGCUGUGCUCGUCUUAGAUAAAUCUAAGGAGCCAGGCCCGGAAAAAGAGGUUGCUGUGCCAGUCUUAGAUAAAUCUAAGGAGCCAAGCCCGGAAAAAGAAGUUGUGCCCGUCUUAGAUGAAUCUAAGGAGCCAAGCCCGGAAAAAGAAGUUGCUGUGCCCGUCUUAGAUAAAUCUAAGGAGCCAAGCCCGGAAAAAGAAGUUCCUGUGCCCGUCUUAGAUAAAUCUAAGGAGCCAAGCCCGGAAAAAGAAGUUGCUGUGCCCGUCUUAGAUAAAUCUAAGGAUCCAAGCCCGGAAAAAGAGGUUGCUGUGCUCGUCUUAGAUAAAUCUAAGGAGCCAGGCCCGGAAAAAGAGGUUGCUGUGCCAGUCUUAGAUAAAUCUAAGGAGCCAAGCCCGGAAAAAGAAGUUCCAGUGCCUGUCUUAGAUAAAUCUAAGGAGUCAAGCUCGGAAAAAGAAGUUGCUGUGCCAGUCUUAGAUAAAUCUAAGGAGCCAAGCCCGGAAAAAGAAGUUGCUGUGCCGGUCGAAGAUAAAUCAAAGGAGCCAAGCUCGGAAAAAGAAGUUGCUGUGCCGGUCGAAGAUAAAUCAAAGGAGCCAAGCCCGGAAAAAGAAGUUGCUGUGCCUGUCUUAGAUAAAUCUAAGGAGCCAAGCUCGGAAAAAGAAGUUGCUGUGCCCGCCUUAGAUAAAUCUAAGGAGCCAAGCCCGGAAAAAGAAGUUGCUGUGCCGGUCGAAGAUAAAUCAAAGGAGCCAAGCUCGGAAAAAGAAGUUGCUGUGCCGGUCGAAGAUAAAUCAAAGGAGCCAAGCCCAGAAAAGGAAGUUACUGUAUCAGUCUUAGAUAAAUCUAAAGAACCAAGUCCAGAAAAGAAAGUUACUGUACCGGUCUUAGAUAAAUCUAAAGAACCAAGUCCAGUCAAGGAAGUUACUGUACCGGUUCUAGAUAAAUCUAAGGAACCAAGCCUAGAAAAGGAAGUUACUGUACCGGUUUUACAUAAAUCUAAAGAACCAAGCCCAGAAAAGGAAGUUACUGUACCGGUUCUAGAUAAAUUUAAGGAGCCAAGCCUAGAAAAGGAAGUUACUUUACCGGUUUUAGAUAAAUCUAAAGAGACAAUGCCGGAAAAAGAUACCGGCAUUUCAAUUCAAGAAUCGAGUUCUAAAUUAGAUGAAUCGUACAUUCAAGGUAUUGCUGAUGAUUCUGAUAUCCCAAGUCCUGAACUAGUUUCAGAUAGUUCAAAUAUAUCAAGUCCUGAAAAGAUUAGAUCUACUUUGAAUAUUGAAAAAUUUGAAAAGAUUGUUCCAGACGUGGCUUUAAAUAAAUCAAAGAAACAAUCAGAGGCAGAUAGUUCUGUCAAGGUUAGUGAUGAUGUUUUUGACACUCUUGAUGAAUUGAAAGGAUUGGCAGUUUUCGGAGAACCUGAAGAAAUAGUUACAUCAAAAACAGAGGAAAUUUUAAAAGAAACCGUCAUUAUUAUUAGAAAAAUAGUAACAAAUAUAAUAAAAACUAAAUACGCGGAUAGUAAAGGGAUUUUGAGGAAACUCAAAACAGUUACAAUAAUUACUACUACUGAUCAAUAUCCAGAUGGAUCGUCUAGCUCUUCAAAAGACAGUACAGUAGAUAUUUUAGACAUAUCUGAUGGGGAAAUUCAUUCGUCAGUUGAAGAUCAUCAAUCUAAAGUUAAAUUUGAGGAUAACGAAAUUCACACUCUUGCAGACACGGAUUCGAUGAGCGUUGAUAAUCAUGUUGAAGCAAAUGGAUUAGGAGAAAUUGUUGAGUACGAUAUAAAUAUAAAGAAAUCUGCAAUGGCCGUUAAUGAAGAACUGAUAAGGCAGGAAGCAGCACAUACUGUGAAAGCCGACUUCAGUUUAUUACAUACUAAAGAUGAAUCUUCACACAAAAUUAGCAAGAGGUCAGUUUUAGAUCAAGAAAUUUAUGACGAGAAAUUAUCGUCUAUUUCAACAGUCGAUAGUGGUGUCAGCUUAGUAAAAGACAGUCUAACACAUUCAUUUGUACAUGGCAGUAGUUCAGAAGAUUUGUCUAAGGAAGUAAGUUUAGAGGAAAAACAUAGUUUCGAAGGCACGGAAAAAGGAGAAAAGUUUGGUAAAGAUUUAUUCUCCAAGAAAGUUAUCGAUGAUUUGAGUAGUUGUACAGAUUCAUUACUGUCUAGUCAAACGAUUGGUCGAGAUUCACCUACGAUACAAGAUAACGACAAAACCGAUAAAGACCAUGGAACUAAACAAAAGAAAUCCGUUGAAGGUGUUGAAUCUCCUAAAGAUUUCCUUUUGUCAGACACAUCUGAUUCUGGAGUUCAGAGUAUAACAAUUGAUUUAGAUCAGUCUCAUCCCAUUAGUAAAAAAAUAACAUCGCAAGGAUUUGAAGAAAUACCGGCACAUAGUGCUGCUCAUCUUAUUGAAUCAAUUCACAAAGCAUUUAGUGACGAUUCUGUACAACAAGGAAUUAAAUCAGAAACUCUGGUUUCACACGCAGACUUUGAUCGAGUGUCAACACCCCCGACAGUUCCAGUUAGUCCAUUGCCGAAAACACCAAGUAGCUUCCAGGAUGUUAAAGGAAGUGAAGGUGUUCAAAGUGAAGUUACCUACGAUAAAUCCGAUGGUAGUGACGAAACAAUAACUAAAGUCGUACAUGUUGGAGAAGAUAUUUUGACACAGAAAAUAUCUACAUCAACUGAAAAAGUACCUAAGGUUAUGAAAACUUUAACUGAAAUUGAAGGUUCCGAUCCUGAUUUAGUUACUCUUAUGCAAACUAUGGGAAAAAUAAAAACUGAAACGGAUACAGUAACAAAAAUAAUUAAAGAAGGCGAAAAUGUAGUUACACAAACAAUCACAACAGUGACUACUAAAGAAGUAAUAUCAAGAGAAGAUGGAACCCCUCAAAAUAUAAAAACAACUAUUGAAACAACAACAUUAAGCAAAGGUUCAGAUGGAUCAACAACCACUACCAAAGAUACUCAAACUCUUCUUUCUGAAUGUUCUUCCAGCCUCCGCUCUACCUCACAGAUGGAUUUGUAUACAAAAGAUGUAAGGCAUGAUAAAGAUUAUUUUGAAAAUGAAGAAGAAAAAUCAGAAACAUCAUCAAGUUUGUCUAAAGAUACUGCUGAAAAUCUCCAUGAAUUAGAUUUUACUGAUUCUAGUAAAAAAGAUACUGAUGAUGUUGAAUAUAGAACAAAAUCUGAAUUUGUGAAAGAAACAGAUGACCUGGAUGACAAUGUUGAGGACACAAUAAUUGAUACUGAUGUUAGUAAAAGAAUUGUAAAAGAAAACAAUAUAGACAUCAUAGAAACGAUCACAACGAUAACCAAGAAAGAGACACUUAAAGUUGAUGAAAAUAAGAAAAUUAUGAAGACUACGGUUGAAACUAAUGUGGGCAAGGAAUACCCUGAUGGAUCAAAGGAUGUUCAGAAAAAUGUUGAAGUAAAGACAGAAGAGAUAAUUUUGGAUUCUAGUAGUAAUUUAGACAAAAUUCUUAGUGAUUACAGUGUUUAUGAAAAGCCAGAGGAAAGCGAAACUUCAAAGACAGAAGAAAUAAUCCACGAUAAUAUAACAAUUCUACGCACUAUCUUAACUAAAACUGUGAAAACAAAGUAUGUUGACUCUAAAGGUGUACCGCGAAAAUUAAAAACUGUCACAACUAUUACCACAACCGAUAUCUAUCCCGAUGGAUCAUCUACUACUAAAGUCGACAGUACUACCUCACUUACAGACUUAGAUAUAGGUGAUGCUUCAGAGUCUGCUGAUCUCCUCGAAUUUACCGAAGUAGAAGAUAAGUCUGUUGAGACCGAUAAACAUGAAAAGAGUAUUCUUAUUGAUGGAAAAAGUGUACUGCAAAUUGUAACAACGACGACGACAAAAGAAAUUUUGUGUAAUAAAGAUAUGUCAAAGAAAAAGUUAAAAACUACUGUGGAAACAAUAACGGAAAAUUGUAGACCUGAUGGUAUCACUGAAGUUACCAAAGACGUAAAAGUAACUAUAUCAGACUAUGAAAUAUAUACAUCAGACCAGAAAUUUGUAGGUUUUCAAGAACUAGAAAAACCUGAAAUAGACACAGUUACUCAAUCAGAAACAUUCAAAGAAAAUAAUAUACUAAUAAAGAGAAAAAUCACGACAACUACAAUUAAACAAAUAUAUGGAAAAAUUGAAAGUAACAUCAAAAAGACUAAAAUUACAGUGAAAACAGUAACUGAGGACGAAUAUCCUGACGGUUCAAUUACUACUAAAACUGAUGAAAAAGUUUCUUUCAUAGAUGAAGAACUAGAAGCUCAGCCUGAAAAUGUUGAAACUAUUUCAACAAGUACAAAUGAAGGCAUAGCUGAAUCUCGUGCAGCUCGUGAUAUUGAAAAAGUUGUAUCUAAGGAUAUAUCUUGUAACUUAGGAGAUAGCCAAGAAGAUGAUAUUCUUAAACAAUUUAGUCCCGAAGGAGAACAAGAAAUCAGUGAAUCUAACACGACUGAACAAAUCACAGAGAGUGAUAUACUAAUAACAAGAUUGAUUAAUACUCGAACCGUUAAAGAAAAGUAUUUAGAUCGCAAUGGUGAACCUCGCAAGUUGAAGAUAGUAACAACAGUGACGACAACUGAUAAGUACCCAGACGGAACAUCACAAACAACGAUUACGACAAAUACAUCUAUAGCUGAUAUUGAAAUUGAAAACAUAAUAGAUUCCCAUGAUUUACAAGAUUUUCCAAAUUUGGAAGAUAAAUCGGUAAAUGUUGAUACACAAGAAAGUCUUAUUUUAAGAGAUAAUAAACAAGUUAACCAAAAAGUUACGAAAACGAUUACCAAAGAAAUUUUUUCGUCCUCGGACCGAUUAAGAAAAAAAAUUAAAGUCACCACUGAAACCGUUACGGAAGUGAUCUUACCAAACGGAGUUACGGAAGUGACCAAAGAUAUUAAAGUUUCAGUAGGCGACUAUGGCCUGGAAUCAUUCGAUGAAAAUCUUGAAGGGUAUAUACUCAUGCGUCAACCCGAUGAACAGUCUUCUUUUGAAACUGAAGCUUUAGAAGAAAAUGGAGUAAAAAUUCUACGUAAAACUACCGUUACUACAAUACGAGAAGAAUUCGAAAAUAAAUCUAUCAAUUCAAGGAAAAUCAAAACUACAGUUAAAACAGUUAUUGAAGAUGAACAUCCAGAUGGUACUGUAAUUACCAAAACAAGUCAAAAAGUAUCUAUUGCGGAUGUCGCCCAACAAGCAUCAUUUACAGAAGGUGAUACUGAACCUCCAGAAUCUUAUAUCGAUGAAUCCGAAAUAGUUGAAGACACUUCAGAAGAGUCAGAUGUGCAAAAUGAAAUCAUACAACAAGGUGCUGUCAACAUAAAACGCACAGUUACUACUAAAACGAGACGAGAAACUUUGGCUAGUUCUGAUAAAAAUAUAAAAAGAGUUAGGACAACUGUGGAAACAAUCACUGUAGAUGAAUACCCUGAUGGUUCAACUGAAACUACCAAGGAUGUCAAAAUUACAAUUUCUGAAUUCCAGAAAACAUCUGACAGUGACUUGCAAGCUGCAUUACAAGGCCUAAAAGCAACAGGCAAAAUUAAAAAAACAGUUGACAAAAAGAUAAAUACCAUUGAACACGAAGGAGAAAAAAUUACACAAACUGUAACUACAUAUAUAACGAAAGAAGAACUUAAAAACAAUGAAACCGAUGAAAUUGCCGUUAAAACUGUUACUGAGACCUUAACAGAAAAUAAAAAAGCUGACGGUUCCGUUGAAAUUACAAAGGAUGUGCGAACACAAAUAACGUAUUUACCAUUGGGCACUGGAUUAGAUGACUGGACGCCUGAAGAGUUGGAAGAAAUUGAAAAGCAACCGGUAGUAGAAGAAAAACCAGUAAUUCAUGAAUUGACUUUGGAUCAAAAAGAAAACUUAACUCAAGAAACAAAACCAAAGAAACAGCGGUCUCCUGUAGGAGAAAUAACAACCGAGACUGAAACAUUCUCCAAGGUUAUUCAUGAAGGUGACAACGAGGUAACACAAACCAUUACUGUUGUUACGACGAAAGAAAUUAUUAGUCCGGAGAAAGUAAAAAUUACCAUUGAAACAACAACUGUGAGUAGAGGCAGUGAUGGUGUAACAAAAACAACAAAAUCAACUAAAACAACUAUAUCAGAAUUCAAAGAAGAGUUUGAAGAAAUUAUUGAUCGGGGCGAAAGCGAAAAAUCAUUUUCCAAACUUUCAUCCAAAACUGGGGAUAUGAGAAGCUCAUCUGCAGCUAGCGAUGACUUGGAUCAUCCAGGGAUAUCUUCUCCACCAUCAGAUAUAAGUUCAAGGGGUUCACGGGCGGCUACUCACGUAUGGGGAACGGAAAGUAGUGGUAUGUACUACAGUGACGACGACGGCCAAGGGAGUCCCAGCAGCACAAAGUCACAAAUCGCACAUUCUCCACGAUCCAAUCUAAGCUUUGAACUUGACUCCAAGUUACCACCACAACAAGAAACUAGCGAAGAAAUGAUGCACAGCUUUGACUCUUCAACCCUUCAACAACAAGAUUCUAUGUCAUGUUCUGUAUACGGACAACUGCCAGAAGAAGACUCGUGCACAUCUUCCACUCAUUCUGAAGUUAAGACUGAAGUUCACAUAGUUGAAAAACCAUUAUCCAAAUUGACUGAUGAUUUCUUAUCACAUGAGAAAAUACAUUCUGAAAGUACAAUGCUCAGUAGUACAAGUAAGUCAGAUGCAACAUUCCUACAAGAAGCCGAUAAGCAUUUCGAAAAGGCUAUAGAAGACCAUAAAAAAGUGAGUGGAUCUGAAGUAAUAAAAAAUGUUACUGCCAAGUACGAACUUCAUGAUCAAAGCCACUCUAGUUUAAGUCAGCAUAAAUCUACCAAAGAAGAGACUAUCAUUACUUUGAAAGAUCUAAAGUCUGAGUCUAAGAAGGUGUCUGAAUCUAUUUCAUCUUCCAGUAGUAAGAAAGAAUCAAAGAUCGAAAGCUCUGUUCAGAAAACAGAAUCACAAUCACAAGACUCAUCAAUUAAAGAUCCAAUUGAGUCAUGGGGUAAACCACUUGGUUUACCAAGUCCAGUAGGACCCCCUCAAGGAGAUGGAAAAAGUACACCUAAAAAGCAAGUACCCAAUUCAGCGGUGCUAAACAAAAACAAAAUCAAUCAAGAAAAGAGCAAAGAGGCCAAAAAUCGUGCCUCGGAAUCACCAACUAAGAAAAAGGCCCCUAGCCCCGUAUACAUGGAACUCACAUAUGUACCGCAUCACGGCAACUCGUAUUACUCUGCUGUUGAGUUCUUUAAACGUGUACGAGCUCGGUACUAUGUAUUCUCGGGAACGGAGCCAUCUAAAGAAAUAUACAACGCCCUUCUAGAUGCCAAGAAGACUUGGGAAGAUAAAGAUUUAGAAGUCACAAUCAUUCCCACAUAUGACACGGACGUCCUUGGCUACUGGGUGACAGAAAACGAAGAGGCUCUCGAGAAGUACAAGAUCGACCUUUCGCCGUCGGCAUCUCGUUGCACCAUCAAUCUGCAAGACCACGAGACUUCGUGUGCGGCCUAUAGACUCGAGUUCUAGGUGUCGGGUCUAUUUGUAGCCUUCUCAUCGAAGAAGUGAGCCAUUCGACCAGCAUUGGGUGCUCUCGGCUGCGGGAACUGAUGAGAUAUUAAUUGUUGUUAAAAAAAAAGGCUGUGAUAAAGAAGGAAGCUGGCCAGAGCACUCAUACUGUAAAUGCUAAGGCCACUACUCCGUAUGAGAUAGUUUGCAAAUAGAUUCACUUAGAUAUAUUGUGAUAUUUGAAUGCAAUUAACAGACUGCAAAUGAGUUUGAUAAAAUCUUAGUUAUUAAUGAAGAAGAAACGAACUGUACGAAGUGCUGGUGUGACGCGUGGAGCGGGGCGCCCUCGACGCCUGCGCCGGCUGCUGACUCCGAACCGACAUAGUCCUAAACCGCAUCCAGUUGAAAGUCAAUAACCAAAUUCUCGACCUAAGAACAUAAACGUCCAUUUUUUUCUAAAAACUCUUUUCUAGUAGCUUUCAUUAAAAUAGUACAUGCCAUUUAAAAUAUAUUUCUGAUGACAUUUAAGAAUUUGGUCUUAUACAAACAGUAGUGCUUUUAUACACAAUUUUUAGCGAAACCAGUCCAUUUUGUUUAGCCAAAACACUGCUUGUGCGAUAAUCAAAAUUUUUGAAAAUUAUUUUGCUAUCACGAUGUAAAUUUUGAAAUGAAUAUGUGAGUUUAGCGAGCACAAUUGUUUUUAGCUUCGUAAAGGACGUAAUACUGUUUUAUAAAGGAUGUAUAAUGUCAAUGAAAUCUUUGACAAGAAUAAGUAAUACCUGAAGUACUUUUAUAUGAUCAAAGUAUGGAUAAAUAAGAUAUAUUUAAUUAAUGGUCUUAUAAAGACACUUUCAAAAAUUUUAGUCCUUCUAAAAUAAUUUAUUAGAAGUGAUGUGUCUGUUAUAACAUGACUCUAGAAGGACAAAGAUGACUUCUGACUUCACUUGCAGUCGAAGAGUGAUAUAAAAAAUAAUCCAGUAGCUGUAAGAUUGAUGAAUUUGUGCUACGAUUGUUUUAAACCCGAGCUUAAUUUCACGCGUCUAUUCUACAAGCAAGCUAUAAUGAUCGCCCGUUAAAAAUAAAACAAGCAACUGCAUAUUUAUACAGAACAAUUUUGAAAGUUACAUGAAAAUAUUCAGAAAAUCCUGCACCUUUGAAUAUUUUGGUGUUAUUUCAAAAAAUAUUAUUGACAAUUUUUGACGGUAGAUUAGCUCCUUGAAGAAGUGAUCUCUGUUUUUCUAGAAUUAACAAUGAGCCUAAAACUAUAGAGAGCUUAUCCUAUUAAAAAAUUAAUGUUUUAGUAGAACUAUUAUUACAAAUGGAACAUUCUAUUUACCUUUGUUUAAGUUGAAACUUGCUUGUUGCGUCAAAGUUAACUAUAACAUAGUUUUAUUAAAUACGUGUUAUAAAUUUUAAUAAUUUGAAAAAUGUAAGUCGCAAAGUGAUAGAGGAAUCUCGUUUUGUUUUAUUUGGCGUUUUGUUUUUGAUCCUUCGUUAUAUUCAUUUAAAUUUCUAGUCGAGAUGACCCAAAUACUUAUAAAGAAGUAGAUAUGUCGUAAUACGUUCCUAUUUGUAUUGAUUUGUAGAGUUUCUAAUAAUAAAUAACCUGAAUCCUCAUGUAAUUAUAGGUAAACCAACUCCAUUAGAUUAUUUGUUUUACUAUUAACCGUUUUGUUCGGAUGAUUGUGAGCGAAUGUGAUAGUCUAAAGAUCAUGUACUCAAAAGCGUGUAAUGACUACCUUAGCGUUAUAUAAUCUUAGUGAUACAUACGUUGAAAUUCUUUUGAGUAUGUGAUCGUAAAUCAUCGUAUUAUUUUACCAUCUUAGUGAGUAAGCUAUACCGGAAGCAUAUGGGACUAACGGCGUUCCUUUCAGUUUUUUUCGUCUGCCAAAUAUCAAUUGAAGGUUAUGAGUCAAUUAAUUUUAAGUCAUCCGUAGAUUUAAGCCGAUCUAAAAUCACAGUCUAUCGCUUACUUUGCCAACAUCCCUCUAACUAUAGAAAUAGCGAAUUUGAACGCACCAGCACAAUGUAUUAACAUAACAUAAAAAUAAACUAAAAAUGUUAAUAAUAAAUACAUUAAAAAAAUAUAUAUUGUACUAUUAUGUAUAUUUAUUUUUGUGAAGUACGAAUGAGAAUUUAUUUUAUAGUUGACAUUAUUGAUGGUAUAGUAUGUGUUUAUGUGUGUUGUUUGAUGCGAGCACAAUAAAUGAUAUUUUGAUUGAAAUUGAUUCAUGCUUAGGUAGGUGUGGAUUGGACGAAACAGGGAGAGGUUUUUGAGGCCGAUCGAGUGGCAUGGUCAAAGCCGAUGCACAUUUCCAUUUCUUUAACCUUCCAUUGAGUAAGAAUAUUUAUGUGAUUUUGUAUAUCUAAGGGUUCUCCUAACACGUAUCAAAUCGUAUUGAUAAUACCAAUGAAAUCAUUGACUUGUUACGCGAGUGAGCGGAACUUGUCUCAAAUAUAUUUUUGACAAGUUUAAUAAGUUUUGUUUGGAGACCCUGAAAUUUACUCUGAAAAUUGCUUUAUGCGCUUGUGUCAAGCUUCUAAUUAUCCAUACUUUUGCUACAGCAUCGGCAAUGACAAAUAGACGCUUUGAUAUGUUACGGAUAAUUUAAGGCUUAUAAUCAUUUUAGCCAUUCAUAAUUUGUCUGGCUUUGGGAGCCUGACCCAAAGGUUUACUAUUGUAUUUUAUAGCUAGAAACUCUAAUGCAUAUUACUAGGAAUAUUAAAAUGUUAUUAAAAUUAAGGAUUGUAUCAGCUUAGUUAACAUCAAUAGCUCUGAGAAAUAAAUCAUUAUGGAAAUUAUUAAA